AUGUUGCACGAGGCCCCUAUUGCCGUGUGCCGGGGCUCUGGGUCCCUGUCGGUCAGAGUUCGCUCAGACUGUGCGGAGCGGAGAACCUUCUUUGUGGAGCUGGGUGUGCACGCCUGGCCCAGGAGCCCGGGGACGGUGAGGCGGCUGCAGGUCUGGCCACGACUGCACAACACUCCCGUGAGUGCACAGAGCACACGUGCUGAUCUGUCCGAUGGGUGGGUGCGGAGCUCCUGCAUCCUCCAGCACCCUGAGCUGGGCCUGGGCGUCCCUGGGACCCUCGUCUCAUCACCGUCCCUCCCUCGACCCCAGGGAGGGCGGUCAGUGAGCGUCCUGAGGCCCCGCCAUGACCCAUGUGUGACCUGUCCCCUGCACACAGAAUGGGACAACCCCACCUGCACUGAAGGAGUGGUGUCCGUGCCCCGAGGGGAGCGCGCUGUGAUGGGCUGCAACAUCUCCAACCCCUUCCUCAGCGUGGCCGUUGGUCUGGGCACCCCCGGGGCCAGUGUCCAGCCGCUCUUCCGUGUGCGGUCCCCGGGGUGCUUCUGCCGGGAAGGGUGGCAGCUCCGGGUGCAGGGAGGCGUGGCCCAGCUGGUGAUCGACAACGCCAGCGACUCCCAGACCGGAUGCUACAAGUGGCACCUGCAGGGUCUGCAGAGAAAUAUCGGAGUCACCACACUGAACGUUUCAGGUGAGGACAGCAUCUUCGUCCCCCCAGCCCACCCCAGGGGCUUUCGUAUUUGGGAAGGGCGGGGGAGCCGUUCUUUUCCCCCCAAAAGUUCCCAGGGCCCCGGGAUGGGGCCCAGAGAACGCAGGCCUGGGUUCCGACAGAGCAGAAUGAAACAAGACCAGCCUCCGCUCCUCCAAGGACCUGCGCCACGAGGGGGUCAGGCGGGGGCUGCCCUGUCCAGGGAGGAGGCGAGGCCGUGCGUCUCUCCCGCUCUGCCUCAGACCUCCUCCCUACCAGCUCGGGGGGAGAGGUUCCACCCGCAGCCCCUGCAGAGUUUCGUCUGCCCCCGAAGGGCCCGCCUCCCUGCUCUCACCCAGAUGCCCCGUGAGGCCUCCACUUCUCCCUGAGCCGGUCCCGCUCCCCCAGCCUUGCCCUGGACACUGUCCACCUAAAGGGUCCAGCGGUCCCCUCCAGACCAAGGCCUCCCCUCCAACCAGUCCACACCCAUGCCUCUGCCACCUGCCGUCCCCCUUCCACUGCCCUCACGUGAGUGGUUCCUCACUUCCCCUCCACUUGGAGGAGCGCUCCCUGUCGCGAAUCCCCUCCGGGACACUGCUUAGACCCACAGGCAGCGACCACCCCACUGGUUCCAAUCACAGUCUCCCUGGGCUGUGUGGUGGCUGAGAAUGGUGCCUCCGGCCUGGCCAAGCCCAGGGAAGGGACCCAGCGAGCCCUUCGGGGACUCCUGGUGCCCUCCUCUCAUCUGAUUCCUGGGCCUGGGGGGCUGCAUCAGGGGCAGUGUCCCAAGACCUGAAGGAGAGAGGACGUCUGCUCUUUGCAAAUCCCUGUGGUAGGUGUUCUUACCCUACACCCAGGUCCCCCUGGGCUGUCCCCAUCCUCCAUGCCAGCACCCCUGUCCAGCCUGCACACCCCACCCCUGCCCCCGGCCCAUGGGGGUGAUGUCUCCCUCAAGGGUGCGCUCAAGGCAAGAAGUGGCUCCUCAUAGGUGAACAAGUGCCCCCCUGCCCCCACUUCCCACAGGCCCAGAGACGCCGUGCCCGCCCGAGGCCGGAGACCCGCUCACGGUGGCCCUCGUGGUCAGCAGCAUCAUCGUCGGCCUCCUUUUCCUGGUGCUCAGCGUGUUAGCCUGCACCAAAGGCACAGGCCCCCCAUGCUACUCCCCCCAGAAGUACUCAGGACCCCAGGUCUGAGGCCCUGCACCUAGUCUGUGGGCUGGUGGGGCUGGGGGGUCACCUCGGGCCCAGAGAGACACAUGCCCCUCCCUCAGAGGACCCCAGCUGGCAGUGGCAGGUGCCUCCCUCCCAGUCAGGCCCACUGGGUCCCCAAAGCACUCAUUUGUCCCAGGACACCCUGGGGGCAGCACAGAGGCUGGACUUCCGGCUCCUUACGGGAGACCUAAGACACGGGGCCCAGCGGGUGUGUCUGCAUGCGUGUGAGCACACGUGACCCGAGUGCGCCCACACAUUCUGCCUCAGCUCUCAUCCCUGCUUCCCUCCCCAGGAGAGCUGGUUCUGAACUGGGAGGUGGAGGGCCUGUGAGGAGGGUGAUGAACGGGCCUAAAAUCCAGAGCCGACCCCAGGAGUCCUGCCCACUCUGAGGCCACCAGCCCCCGAAACCCGCCCCUCAGGAGUGGAGCCCCACGUGUCCCCCCUCAUCCAGCUGACACGCCCGUCCAAUGAACCAGGCAGCGGCUGACAGAAACAGGCCUCCAUCCCUGCCUCUGGCACAGGAGACCCGCUCAGCCCUUCUGCCCCAGAGGCCGGCUUCUGCCGGCGCAGAGGAGGGAGGGACGGGAGGAGAGGGUGUGACCCAGGCUGACCCCCACCCACCUCAGCCUCCCGCAGCUGUCUCAGCUCCCCGACUACCCCCCCAAGCCCCGCCAGAUUCUCUGGUCAAAAAUGGGAAAAUCUCAGGGACACCUGGGUGGCUCAGUG